AUGUACGACGACGAUAGACCGCGCCACUCGUACAGGGCAAGAUCCCGCGACCGAGACCGCGACCGAGACUACGACCGGGACUACGACCGGGACUACGACCGAGGGCGAAGCGGCUACCGCCGCAGCUCCAGGUCUCCGCGCCGCGAGCGGGACGAGGGCGAUUAUGACUACUAUCGUUCGCGGAAUGACGACCAGGGCUCUCUGCCCUACGAUGAUGAUCAACUCGACUACCGCAAUCGUGACCGUGACCGUGACCAUCGCCUAGCAUCACGGUCGCCCCCAGCCCGCCGACAUGCGCCGCCUCCCGCACAGCCAUCCCCUACCAUCGUCGUCCAAGGCCUGCCUGCCGACGCCACCGAGGACGACGUGAUGGACGGCUUCGCGAGCGUGUCGCCCGACCUCAAGGUGUUCAACGCAGACAAAAUCAGGACAGUCAGGCUGCGCAACAACGGGCGUGGGCGCACAAUCGGUUUCGUCGAAUUUGCAGACGCCAAUGCGGCCGCCCACUUUUUGGACUUCCACUACCCCUCGCUCGAGUUUCAGCUGGCGCACUCGCGCGGCGUCAACUCUGAGCCGGUGACCGUCAGGAUCAACUACAGCUGGACCCGAGACGAUGAGGGCUACGACAGGGUCAGGGAGGACAGGCCCAGGGAUACUGAGGAUUGGAAGUGUCUCGAGUGCGCCUACACCAACUACGGCUCAAGGACUCGGUGCCACAGGUGUCGCGCUGACAAGCCGGAAGGACAUUACCGCAGGAGAGACGAGUCUGCGUCAUACGGGCCAAAACUCACCGGUGAGACGGACGAGUGCCCACAGCAGCUCCCAUCCCAGUAUAUCGUCAUCCGUGGCCUGGAGCCUUCGGUCACGGAGGAGCUCUUCGCGGAAGGGGUCAAGAAGCUCUACAUCGAAUCGAAGCCAGAGCCGAAGAAGGAAACUCACAAUAAGCUGAAGUCCACCGCGCCGACGGCGAGGACGGCCAGCCUGGGCGCGAGACCAGAUUCCCUGCGGCGUGUCUUCCUCGUACGAGACAAAAAGACCAAUGACGCAAUGAGAUACGGGUUUGCGGAGUUUGCCACGCUUGAGGACGCGCAGGGUGCGAUAGAGAAAUUCAAGGCAUCGCCCAAGUUUGCCAUUUCCUCGAAACCUGUCACGGCGGCUUUCAUCCAUACCGGAGUCUUCAUACCGCACACCGGCCGUGUCACGGACGAAAACAGCAGCUUUCUCUUCCACCCAAUAUACAACAAGGACAUCUUGCUCAAAUACUGGGAUAAUCGAGUUUAUCCAAGUAUUAUGAGGGUGACUUACGACUCAGACUCGGCCAAGCAGCAAAGCGCAGACAAUGCUGGGAAAUCUGAAAAGCCCGGAGAUGAGGCCACCAGUGCGCAGGACGCUUCAGCAAAGAAACUCAAGAAAUUCAAAAUCAACCAGCCUGCGGCGAAGCCUGCCAUGGUGAUGGGACCGCAAAUGCAGAUGUGGGCGAAGAAGAGGGCUGAGCUUGUGGGACAGGCCCAGGCUCAGGCCGAGCUCGACGCUCACAGCGCCGCAUCGAGUCCAGCGCCAAGUGAGAAAGGUCGCGGUUCCAGCCGCACUCAGGCCAAGGACUCGUACAUCUCCUACAGCGACACCGACAGCCUAUCCUGUCUGUUGUGUCUGAGGAAGUUCUCUUCGCUGCUAGCCCUGCGCGACCACGAAGUGCUGAACAAGGAUCACGUCGCAAAUCUAUCAGAUGAAGGCAAGCGCGACGCAGCCACCGAGAGACUCAGGUCCCAGGCGAAACGGCCCCAAGUGGUCACUCUUCGGGUAGCGAACGUGUCGCGACAGCCACCCGACCUGACAUACACGUCCUAUGCCGACAGAGACCAGCUGCAUUGCCUGAUCUGCCAGCGUAAAUUCACAAAGGCUGCCAUGCUUUCCCUCCACGAGCGCGAGAGCGAGAUGCAUCGCCUGAAUUUGGAGGACCAGAGCAAUGUCGACCGUGCCAUCUCCCAGCUCGCACGUGUGGGCAAAACACCUCGAAAGAUGGUGCCGGCCAGAAAUAAGGGCACGCAGUAUCGCGAUCGGGCGAAGGAGCGCAGGCAAGCCUUCAAGCAACCGAACGCGCCGCGCAGGAAGGCACCGAAGGAGGACGCCCCGCCGAAGGAGACGGAAAAGCCCGCGGCGCCAUCCAAGGGUGCUGCUCUGCUCGGAAAGAUGGGAUGGUCGGCAGGCGAGGGGCUGGGUGCCGAAGGCAGCGGAAGGACGGAAGUCAUCGCCACAGACGUGUACGCAUCCGGUGUUGGUCUGGGUGCCGAGGGUGGCAGACUUGGCGACGCUGUGGAAGAAGCCGCCAGGAAGACCAAAGACAAUUACACCGACUUUGUGGAGGUGACGAGGAAUAAGGCAAGGGAGAGGUAUGAGAAAUUGGGAUAA